AUGGCCCUUUCGCGGUCUCUACGACGAACAAGUCCUAUAACAUUGAUCCUCGCGACCAUUCUAGCGAUUGGCUUCAUAUUUUUCCUCUGGGACCCAUCCUCAUCAUCGAUACCGGCAACCGCUCAUCAGCGACAAGAAGAUGCAGCCGCACAUCCCCUCUCACCACCGACAAAACCCUUUCCCAAGAAACAGCCGCAGCGAGCCGAUGGCCACCAAGCGCCACCCCCUGUUGUGCAUUACCACAUGAAUGACCUUACCACGUCGGAUACAUCGGCCGAAAGAGGAGAACGCGUGCUCAUCUUGACACCCAUGAUGAAUUUCUACCAGGGCUAUUGGGAGAAUUUAAUGAAACUUCAGUAUCCGCAUGAGUUCAUUUCAUUGGGAUUCAUACUCCCAAAGACAAGCGAAGGCAACGCAGCCACUGUUGCGCUACAAGAAGCAGUCGCAAAGACACAAUCAGGACCCGUUGACGAUCGGUUUGCGAGCGUGACGAUUCUACGACAGGAUUUCGAUCCCCCGCUGCAGUCGCAGGACGAGAAGGAGAGACAUAAGAUAGAAAAUCAAAAGGCGCGACGUGAGGCAAUGGGUCGUGCGCGGAAUAGCUUGCUUUUUACCACCUUGGGGCCUUCGACAUCCUGGGUUCUGUGGUUAGAUGCGGAUAUUGUCGAGACUCCCACCACGCUGAUAGAGGAUCUUACCCGUCAUGAUAAGCCGGUUCUUGUCCCGAACUGCUACCAGCGUUUCCUCAACCCAGAGACAAAUGAGAUGGAUGUGCGACCAUACGAUUACAACUCGUGGAUGGAAAGCGACGUGGGGCUUGAACUUGCGUCGAAUAUGGGACCCGACGAGAUCCUUCUGGAAGGCUACGCUGAGCUAGCUACCUACCGAAGUUUGUUGGCCUGGAUGGCGAGCACUGAUGGAAUAGAAUAUGAUCCCAAUCGAGUGGUAGAGUUGGAUGGCGUCGGUGGGACGGCAUUGAUGGUGAAAGCCGAUGUGCAUCGUGAUGGAGCGAUGUUCCCUGCUUUUCCAUUUUAUCACAUGGUUGAGACGGAGGGAUUUGCGAAGAUGGCAAAGAGGCUAGGAUAUACGUGUUGGGGGUUACCUGACUAUUUUGUGUACCAUUAUAACGAAUAA